CCGGGUGUCAGUUCGGUAGAAUCGUGAGGAGAAGAGAAGGGAGCUGAGGAGCUGAGUAUCAAGAGACCGCCUGCAGUUACAUGAGAUAUAGCACUGAGAACAUGGACACUGUUAAACUGUCACAGAGACUGGCUGAGGCCGACCAGUCUCAUCUGCUACAGUUCUGGGACCAGCUGAGCCCAGAGGAGCAAGCAGAGUUGGUUUCUGAGCUGGAGAACAUGAACUUUCAGGAGAUCAACACAUUUUUCAAAAGGGCCAUGAAAACAUCAAGUCAGAUUAAACAAGAGAAGGUGGACAGCAGGAUGGAGCCAGUGCCACGCGAGGUUCUGGGCAGUGUAACGCGCGAUCGCGAGUUCCUCAAGGAGUGGGAGCAAAAGGGUCUGCACUGUAUGGCUCAAAACAAAGUGGCAGUUCUUCUGCUGGCCGGAGGGCAGGGAACCCGCCUGGGUGUCACAUAUCCUAAAGGAAUGUACGAUGUUGGCCUGCCCUCACACAAGACCCUUUUUCAGAUUCAGGCCGAACGCAUCAUCAGGCUGGAGCAGCUGGCACAGCAGCAAUACGGCACUAAGUGCUGCAUUCCAUGGUACAUUAUGACUAGCGGCAGAACAAUGGAAUCCACCAAAAGAUUUUUCUCCAAAAACAAGUACUUCGGCCUCAGAGAAGAGAACGUGAUCUUCUUCCAGCAAGGCAUGCUUCCAGCCAUGGACUUCAACGGAAAGAUAAUCCUGGAGGACAAGGGCAAACUUUCAAUGGCGCCAGAUGGUAACGGUGGCCUGUACAGAGCUCUCGGGGUGUAUAAGAUAGUGGAGGACAUGGAAAGGCGAGGAAUCGAAUAUGUCCAUAUCUACUGCGUGGACAACAUCCUGGUGAAAGUAGCAGACCCAGCCUUUAUCGGCUUUUGUGUAAAUAAAGGAGCAGACUGUGGUGCCAAGGUGGUGGAGAAGACCAAUCCCACAGAGGCGGUGGGUGUGGUGUGUAAGGUCGACGGGGAUUACCAAGUAGUAGAGUACAGCGAAAUCACGCUAGCAACAGCAGAAAAGCGCAGCGCCGACGGGCGGCUCAUGUUCAACGCCGGCAACGUGGCCAAUCAUUUCUUCAGGCUUUCGUUCCUCAAAGACGUCGUCAAUACCCAUGAGCCCCAGCUUCAGCACCAUGUGGCAAGGAAGAAAAUCCCCUACGUGAACAGCAAAGGAGAGCCAGUGACCCCAGACAAGCCCAACGGAAUCAAGAUGGAAAAAUUUGUGUUCGACAUCUUCCAGUUCGCCAAGAGGUUUGUGGUGUAUGAAGUACUAAGGGAGGAUGAAUUUUCUCCGCUGAAGAAUGCAGACAGUCAGGAUGGAAAAGACAAUCCCACCACCGCACGCCAUUCUCUCAUGUCCCUGCACCACCGCUGGAUCCUCAACGCAGGUGGACAUUUCAUCGAUGAGAAUGGAACCCGCGUACCCGCUAUACCCAGACAUGGACCAGCAGGGGCCCUCACGCCUGAUGGCAAACAGAAUCUGAAGGAUGGAACCGACCUGCCAAUGAAGUGUGAGAUUUCUCCACUUGUAUCAUAUGGAGGAGAGGGACUGGAGAAGCUUGUGCAGGAUAAAGAAUUCCACCCGGCGCUGGUCAUCGACGAGUCUGGCAUCCACGAGCAUGUGAAAAAUGGACUGUGAGCUUCAAGUGGCCACAACCGACAGUGAAGUCGUUUUCCCUCCGUCUGGGCGAAACUGUGACGGUCUAGUGCAAUAGCAUGAAGGAAUAAAGUCCCUUUUGGGGCUAAAUGUAAUCAUUUAAGAGCAAACUAUUUAUUUUACCAAAACUUAUUUUUUUAUAAACAGUUUGAACAUGCAUGAUAGUUAUUAAUUUAUACGUGUGUAUUCGUGUUCUAAAUGAAGGUUAUGUAAUCAGUAAACUGGUACAUGGGUACAUUUGCUCAGUGCAGCUCAGAAGAUGGAUGAGUUGGCAUCCUUAUUCAGUCUCUGUUUGCUCUUUGAAAAACUUGUACACAUUUCUCAGGACGCGUCAUAAUCAAUGCAGAUUCGCCACAUUCUCAGUGUUUUAAAACAAUAAUAUUUUGCACUCUCCAGAUUUUCACUUCAACUAGAAAGAUACUUGUGUCCUACACCAAAAGCUAUGAGCAACUAUCAAUGAAGGUUUUUGUUUUUUUUACUGUAUGUGAUGAAUACGCUCAUAUGCAAAUCAAACAGUCAGAACAAAUUAAGUUUUUAAUAAUAUGAGAGCUACUGUAAGAAUGUGGUCAAUAUUUUCAAAAAGCGAUGAAUACCUAAAUAAAUUGUGUAUGUAAAAACAAAA